UAGCACUACAAAAAUGAUGUUGAUACGAUUCUUCAGGCUGAAGGUGUCAACGCAAAAUGAAGUGAACAUUUAUUAAUUUCUAAAAAGGUGAAUGUUUCCGAUUGAUUUUAUCUUAUUGUGUAUCAUAUGGCAGAUAUUUAACAUACAAUGUUUUAUAAAUAUAACUAAGUUUCGUGUAUCAUGAUAAUUAGUUCAGUUGGAAUUCGUCUACCUUUAAAACUUAUUUAUAUAUCAUAUGGAAUCUUUUUAAUUUGAAAAACAAUGGAAGCAAACGGAAGCAUAAAUGGAGAGUAUUUCAAUGGGACAUCAAGUAGUGUUCAAACUAGUUUUUUCUUCGAUGAUAUGUUCACCAAAGCAGUUCUUAUUUGUGCAUAUUCCACAGUGUUUUGUUUGUGCUUUUUUGGUAAUAUUAUGGUAUUGUUUGCGAUAGUUAAAAGUGCUAGAUUAAGAAGUUUGACAAACUUUUUCCUAGCCAAUCUAGCCGUAGCGGAUUUCUGGAUUGGUGUGUUUUGUGUAUUGCCUAACCUGUCGACAUUCUUUUCUCAAAAGUGGAUUUUAGGCAGGGCGAUGUGUAAGAUAUAUUAUUUUGUCUGGAAUAUGUCGUACACGGCGUCAAUUGUUAUUUUGACAGCCAUUGCUACGGAAAGAUAUAUCGCCAUCAGAUUCCCGCUGAGAGCUAGAAGAUGUAUUACUCAAAAACGUCUGUUUUUAGUGCAAGCAAUAAUAUGGAUGAUAGCAGCAGUAUAUGGAACGCCGUAUUUAUUCAUAUUUGAUUUAUAUGAGAUGCCCGGAAUGGAUGGUGAAAUAACAUACUAUUGUUUCCCUGAUUAUUCACGUAUUAAUAUGAAAGCUCUAGUAACGGCCAAUUUUAUCAUUUGGUACGUCAUUCCACUUGGAUUAAUGUCCUAUAUGUAUUGUAGAAUCGGUAUUUCACUCUGGAAGGUCAGUAAAAAACCACGCACUCCAAAACCUCCAAAACCAGUAGAAAUACCAGCUGAGGAUUCUUAUUAUACAACAUCAUCAUCGGAAGGUCAAGGUCGGAAACGUUCUCUUAGAAUGCAUAAAAUGUCGUCUGUAUGUAAUCACAAAGAACAAAAAGAUAAAUGUUUAUACUGUAAACCACAAAACCAACGUAACUCACUUAAGGAGAGCACAAAGCGCUGCUCUUGUGAAAAAGUGGAAUCUGAAAGGAGUUCGGCAUCUUCGUCAAACAUGGUCGACAUAAACACUAACCAUUCAAGGUUUAAUUGUAACAAUGUCGCGUUUGUAGAGUAUAAAACAAGAGAGACUAAGAAUGUUCCCAAACUGCGUGUUUAUUUUAACACUGAACAAACGCGAAUGAACAGUAUAAGAGCAGUAAGAAGUAGAAGGCGUGUAAUAAGACUACUGGUAGCCGUUGUGAUCUCAUUUACUGUUUGUGUACUUCCUCAUCAUAUAAGAAUUCUCCUGUUAUUUUGGAAAGUGCCUAUGUAUGACCUUGAACGGGUUUUAUCUCCCGUGUCAUUUCUAAUAUUAUAUCUAAAUAGCGCAUUAAAUCCUAUUUUAUACGCACUAUUCUCAGCAAACUUUAGGAAAAGUUUUAAAGAAUCAUUUCCAUGUCGUCGAAGGAGGCGACCGUUGCCAUUCUUCAUACCGGAUACAAGAAGUGGGAGCUUUUAGUUUUUUACGUUUGUAUUCAUGUAAAUGUCUGACGAACAUGUUAUCGCGCCUCCCUCGACUUCGAUGAGAUCUCAGUGAUAAAAAGGGUAUGAACCAGAGGCGUUUGUCAAACAUGAACAGACUUGUAGAUAUGUUACGAUAUUGUUACAAUACAUUGAUACGAUAGUGUAACCUAUG